UUAUUUUUUUUUAAAUCAAAUAAGUAACUAACUUCUCUCGUGACUUGCAUUAUUUUCCUAGUAUUAUUAAUAGUACAAAAUUUAAUUUGAUUGCGAAAAUCUAUACAUACACAGAGACUUACUUUAUAUGUAAAGGAGGCAUUGACGUGACAAACUGUCCACCGUCCUCCUCCUCCUCCUCCUCCUCCUCCUCCUUGUCUCCGCCAGCAUGCCCCCUUCCUCCUCCUCAUCAUCCCUCCACCCCUGCAAGCAUUCCCCGUCAGCAACUCUCGACCUCCUAAUCCUAAUCCUCGUCGUCUUCUCCGGCGCAUUCCUCAUCUCCUCCUACUUCUCGUACCUAAUCCACUCCUUAUCUCUCCUCUCCUCUCAUUUCCCAUCGAUCGCCCUCUCUCUCUCCUCUCUCCCUCUCCCUCUGAUCCUCCUCUUCUCCGAUCACGACCACGAUCCCGAUGAUGAAGAUCACGACGGAAUCUCUCUGGCGUCGUUCGUGUUCGUGUUCGCGGUCUUCUUCGCUGCCUCGGUCGCGUUCCUCGACCUGUGCUGCGGCUCGAGGUCGAGGAGGUGCCGUAACCCUAAAUGCAAAGGGCUGAAGAAAGCUAUGGAGUUUGAUUUGCAGCUGCAGACGGAGGAGAGUGUUAGGACGGGAUUGGGGAAGGAGAUUGAACGGUUGCCGUGGAAAGGAGGGAGCGAGAGCAAUCCUGAUUACGAGUGUUUGAGAGCUGAGCUUAGGAAGAUGGCUCCGGUUAAUGGUCGAGCUGUUUUGCUUUUCCGGUCAAGGUGUGGUUGCCCUGUUGCUAAGCUUGAAGGGCGGGGGCCUAAGAGAAGCCGCCGUCUUAAAAAAUUGCCGGCAAAAUUAGCUGUAAAGGGGUGUGUAGACAAUCACUGACCUGGAAAAUCUCCAAACUAUACUUACAGAUUAUCACAUUAAAAGUUGUUGCAGAUGUACAAUUUGCAGGUUCUUCCUCUAUGAUUACACAUUCAUUUAGGAUUAUGAGGAAAACAUAAAAGUAUUGAAUUUUUUCCAUUUCUUAUAUAGUUAAUCCCUGAAACUCUAAAUGCCUUCUUACUCUGUGAACACUUGUAUAACUUAUAUGUACUAUGAAAAAUCAAAAUUCAAUGUUAUCAAAAAUCAAAUACAUAAAGUAAUGUUUUAUUUUCUUUUUCCGACCAAAACCACAAGUACUUACAAUAUGCAAGAGAAGUGUAGACUAUAAAGCCUCAAGCAUUAUUGUUUAGCAUUUUUGCUCUCUGAUGGUCUCUUAUGAUCAAAUCAAAUCGCUUUCUCUGGUCUCGUCGCUGUCAGGUCUUUUCACCUGAGCAGGCGAGAUGUUUCUCCGCUGCCAUCACUCAAAGCCGUCAAUACACGACUUCUCCGACUCCGACACAUUUCGAUUUCUCAGGCAGCGAGAGUUCCGACAUUGAGAAAGCUCUAAUCUCAGCUCUUGGAUCAUGCGCCACCAACAAAGACGUCACUUACGGCCGACAAAUCCAUUGCCGAGUCUUGAAAUCCGGUUUCGAUUCCAACGGGUUCAUCUGCAACAGCCUACUCAACAUGUACGCUAAAUGCCGUGUCUUGUCCGAAGCUGAAUCUGUUUUCUGCUCCCACACGAAACUUGAUUCUGCUUCGUUUAAUAUCAUGAUCGAUGGGUAUGUUCGAUCUCGUCGAAUUAGAGACGCGCUCAAGCUGUUCGACGUAAUGCCUGACAGAAGCUGCGUCUCGUAUACGACUUUGAUAAAAGGUUACGCUCAAAACGAUCGGUGGAGUGAAGCGAUGGAGCUUUUCAGAGAGAUGAGAAGCUCUGGAGUUAUGCUAAACGAAGUGACGUUAGCUACUGUUGUAUCCGCUUGUUCGCAUUUGGGUGGGGUUUGGGAUUGCAGGAUGUUGCAUAGCUUAGCAAUUAGGUUGAAUCUCGAAGGUAGAGUCUUUGUUUCGACGAAUUUGCUUCAUAUGUAUUGUAUCUGCUCGUGUUUGGAGGAUGCUCGGAAGCUGUUCGAUGGAAUGCCUGAGAGAAAUUUAGUCACUUGGAACGUUAUGUUAAACGGGUACUCGAAAGCUGGACUUGUGGAAGAGGCGAAGGAGCUGUUUGAUCAGAUUACUGAGAAAGAUAUUGUGUCGUGGGGGACUAUGAUUGAUGGGUGUCUUCGAAAGAAUCAGCUUGAGGAAGCUCUUGUUUUCUACAAGGAGAUGCUGCGACGUGGAAUGAAACCUAGUGAGGUCAUGAUGGUGGACCUUCUCUCCGCUUCAGCUCGAUCAUCAGGUGGUUUCAACGGUUUGCAGCUUCACUGCACCAUCGUAAAGACUGGUUUUGACUGUUAUGAUUUCAUUCAAGCAACGAUCAUACAUUUCUACGCGGUCUGUAAUAACAUAAAACUCGCUAUUCGACAGUUUGAAGCGAGCGUAAUGGACCACAUUGCGUCGAGAAACGCGCUGAUUGCAGGGUUUGUGAAGAAUGGAAUGGUUGAGGAGGCAAGGGAAGUGUUUGAUCAGACUCGAGAGAAAGAUAUCUUCUCAUGGAACGCUAUGAUAUCAGGCUACGCGCAGAGUCUUUCUCCUAACUUAGCUCUACAUCUCUUCCGCGAAAUGAUCAGUAGUAGCCAAGUGAAACCAGAUGUAAUCACAAUGGUGAGUGUUUUCUCUGCAAUUUCAUCGCUAGGAUCGUUGGAAGAAGGGAUCAGAGCGCACGAGUAUCUAAACCGUAGCUCAAUCCCUCCCAACAACAAUCUAACCGCUGCUGUAAUCGACAUGUACGCCAAAUGUGGAAGCAUCGAAACCGCUCUAAACGUUUUCCGCCAAACAAAGAACAUAUCUUCCUCGACAAUCUCUCCCUGGAAUGCUAUCAUCUGCGGUUCAGCAACGCAUGGCCAUGCAAAACUAGCGCUUGAUCUCUACUCUGAACUCCAGUCUCUCCCCAUCAAACCGAACAGCAUCACUUUCGUGGGUGUCUUAAGCGCGUGCUGCCACGCUGGGCUUGUGGAGUUAGGUAAAACGUAUUUCGACAGCAUGAAGGAAGUUCACGGGAUUGAGCCAGACAUAAAGCAUUAUGGAUGUAUGGUUGAUUUGUUGGGGAAAGCGGGAAGGUUGGAAGAGGCAAUAGAUAUGAUCAAGAAGAUGCCUGUGAAGGCUGAUGUGAUCAUAUGGGGGAUCUUGUUAUCGGCUUCGCGGAUUCACCGGAACGUCGAGGUGGCUGAGAUGGCGGCUACUGAGUUGGCGGCAAUUGAGCCAACUCAUGAAGGGUGUAAAGUUUUGCUUUCGAAUGUUUAUGCAGACGCGGGGAGAUGGGAAGAUGUUGCUUUGGUCAGAGAGGAGAUGCGAACUAGUGAUGUUGAGUGGUCACGUGCCUUCAGUGGUGUUGUGUGAUCGAUUGUUUUUACACUUUUAAGGCUUUUAAUGGGCUUGUUAUUGUAUGGGCCUCAGUAAAAACAAGAGAAUAAGUAACGCGUGGAUUACACUGGAAGAUGAGUUAGAUAACGCGUUUGAAUUUUGGUCAGCUUGUGUUUCUGUGGGUCCAUCCUAAGCUGAGCUGGCUCUUUGCUGUCCGAACGAAAUCGCGUGUGGAAGUUUUUUUUUUCUCUUCAUGCAAUUUUUUCUU